CCACAAUGUAUGUUCUUCCUUGGGUGGGCUUUGACCAGCCAGCCGACGGGUUCACGGGGACAAAGCUGCCCCAGCUGGCAUGAGCCAUGGUGUGGCGGUCAGCACGGAGGUGGUUCAGAUUUCCUUGCAGCGCCACAGGAGGCCUACGGAAAGGAGAUGGCCAGCAAAGACCUGGCUCCUGCCAGGCUUCUCCUGGGGCCCUCCGUGGCAGUGGCAGCCAAAGAUCUGGCAGCCGCAGGCGCGGCGCCCAACGAGCUCCUUACGAAGAGUUCAUUUGCAGGACUUGGGUGACCUGCAGUACAUAGCAGAAGUCUCGAUUGGCUCCAGUUCUAGCACGUUUCGCUUGAUACUGGACACGGGCUCCUCAGAUCUUUGGGUGUCCGGGGAGCAGUUCAUACCAUCGCUCUCAGACACAUGGACCCCGCUGCCGCAAGCUGGUCUAGUGAAGCUGGACUACGGGCAGGGAGAAGUGGAAGGAAUCGUUGGUGUGGACAAAGCCUGCUUGCUGGCUAAGCCGGUUCCUCUCUGCGUCGAGCAGGAGUUUCUGGUGGCGAAGCAGGUGAGUGACUUGAGCCUCAACACCUUUGAUGGCAUCUUGGGACUCGGCUUGCCCGGCCUGUCCCACGCCAACCAGGACUUUGUCCAGUCCCUGGCGCGGAGCUAUCGCGAGGUGCAGUGCUUCUCCUUUUCGCGCCAGAGUACAUUGCUGAAUCGAGAGGACAGCAAGUCAUUUGCACUGUUCGGGCCUUGUGCAAAGCUUCUUCGCAAGGCCGCCAAAGAGACGCACCUACCAGAGGAGCAAGCAGCUCUUCUGAGUGUUCAGCGGCUUUUCGGGUUCGCGAGAGGCUGGUGGCUGGUGUCGCUGGCGAUUUCCUGCGACGGAACCAGAAUUUGGCAGGGCCCGGAUAUGUACUCCAUCUGCGGGCUGGAAGUGGCCGCCUUGCUCUUGCUGUCCCUCUACCCGGGCAGGAGGAGCUCCCGUGGCCAAUCAUCAGACUGCAGGAAGCGCGUUUGCAACGCCUGCUUUGCGCUGUGUAGCUUCUUCCAGGCCUUGGUCUUGAUGCUGCUGCUGAUUGCCCUCCUUGUGCUUCUGGCUCCUAUGGUGGUCAACGCGUUUCAGUCUAAGGUUCUUGUUGCCUUAGACACUGGAACAUCGCUGAUAGUCAUCCCGACAGAGAACUUCCAGCAGGUGGCGGACGCCAUGUUCGGGCUCCGUCUGAGAGACAGCUGCGUCCUCUCCAACAGCGAGCUGCUUUGCGCCUGCGAAGUCGCGGCGGAGGCCAAGGCGUUGGACUUUCACUUGGGCGAUGUGAGACUGAGUCUGCAUCCUCUUCAGAUGUUUGCGAAUGUGAAUGCCGAAAUCCUCGGAGAUCAGCCUGCCUGCCGAUCUGGCUUGGCCACGCAAGACCUCCGCUUCUGGAUCCUGGGCGACGUCUUUCUGAGUCGGUCAGCUCCGCGGGGCGUCCGCUCCAUGCGAGUCCUGCGCUCUGAGCCCAAAGAGAAGCGCUGCGCUGUCCGGCGCUGGCCCUCGGCGACAGGCCUCCGCAUCCUCAUCUAUGGGGACAGCUUGACGGCUGGGGCGCCCAGCAUGGUGCCCUUCGCCCAGGAGCUGCACCGAGCGCUCGAAGGCGGCGCCGGCGCCGAAAGCUGCGAGGUGGAGACCACGGCCUGCGGGCUCUGCGCCUCUACGGCGCUGCAGAUGCUGGCGGUGCUGGAGGAGCCCUAUGUGGUAGAUGCUCUUGGUGGCAGCUGGGGCUCAGGGCUUGUCCAUCUGGCUAAAGAGGCGAGCUUAGCGAUCAUCAUGGCUGGCACCAAUGAUCUGGCCUCGCCUGCGCCGGCCGGCGACGUUUCAAAGGCACUGCCCACCAAGCGCCGUGCUGUGAACGCAGCGCUGGCAGUAUGGGCACGGGAGGGAUUCGAAGAUGGGACGCGCCCAGAACUCUUCAUCAACACGUCAGCCCUACUGCCUCACGGACGCGCCGGGCACUGGGAGCGCGACGGCGUCCACUUCACCGCGCAAGGCGCGGAAGCUUUGGGCGCGCGCCUGGCGCGGAUUCUGCGGCCGCUGGUUCAAAGGCGGGACGCUGAAGCUUUGGGCAGGUUCCAAGGAACCCGCGGGUAG